UAAAACGGACAAACAUACGCACAUACGUAUCAACUCGCGCUUGACAACUUUUACACAUUUUUGAUGACAAAGACCUUUUUCCAAUAUAAAAGUCGAUGCACGUUGGAACAAGUCACAAUUUUUCAAGUGGCUUCGCACCAGUCUUCAAUUUCAACGAGAAAUAAAAGAAUAUAAAAUGUCCGAUUCAGAGUUUGAGGCCCCAUCUGUGGUGUCGGUAGCACCGAAAAAGAAGUCAAAGGCGUCAAGCAGCAAACGCAAGGCCGGCCCCGAAAAGCAACGCGACUCAUCGCCUCCGCUGGAGUUGACCCGCACCUCAUCAGACAAAAGUGCUCAACGAAAGCGAAAAUACUCCUCGCCGGACGAAGUUAUCACUACACGAACAAGGAGACCGGACUUAUUCAAUAUCUUGCGGGCUGAGGAAGCUAGUUGCAGUGAACCCAAGUCUCGUGGCGGGGAAAUAAUAUCAAGCUUUUCCAGCCGAGUUUCUACGGGAACGUCUCGUCGGACUGCGAAGACCGGUGGCGAAUAUUUUGUGGACCUCAAGAUCUACAAAAAAUCGGACUACGUGUCUCACGCUGCUAAUGUGCGAUACAAGACGGCGCUGGUAAGUGUGAAGCUCCAGUGCGACGAGUCAUCAUCGUCUUGGGAGGCACUGCAAGGCUUCUUAAGACAAGCUUUUACCGAGUUUGAGGAGUCGGAGCCCGUCCAUUACAGUGACAAAAAAUAAAUUUUACUAAGUAGGUUUACAGUUAAUCAAUUUAUAGUAGAUAUUAAUUUUCUUUUUAUUAUACUAGAAUAGA